AGUCACGCUAAACCUAGAAAGUGAAUUGGUAUAACGUAACCGACCACGUAGAAUUGCUUCAUGAAUACUAGUGGAACAGUAAAUACUUGUAUUAAUUCUGAUUUGGUUGGUUUAUGCCGGUGCGUUCCUAUCUGUGUGACAGCUUUUUUUUACAUCCAGCCAGUCCGGCAUCUGGCGUGGCGUGGAGAACGCGCUUGUGAUCGAAAUUUGAAUAUAGCAUGAAGGGAAAAUACGUGCAAAUUAUUUGAAAUUUUAGAACGAUUAAUUAAAAAUAUAAUGUUUUACUUUUAGUAAAAAAAAAUAUUGUAAAUAGCAUUAAAGUGAGAAUAUUUUUUAAAUAUUGUUAUAAAAUAUUUAAAAAUUGCGGGAAAUUUUAAUUCAUCUGAAGUACCUCAAGCUUUCUUAUUAAAACAUAAUGAUAAAAAGUCAAUCAAGUUUAGUCAUCUUCUCUAUUAUUGUAUCAAUUGUCAAUGCUACCGUUCCGGGAACAGCGAGCGCAAACGAGAUUAAUCAACCUCAAAAAAGAAAAACUCAAUAUAAUGGAGGAGCCUUGUACCCAAGAGCAACAGAAACCAGAGAUUUGAAGACUUUAGAUGGAAUAUGGAACUUCAGAAGAUCACCAACAGACCCCGAAUACGGUUACCGAAAUGGCUGGUACGAACAGGAUUUGGAAAAGACGGGACCAAUCAUUCCGAUGCCGGUUCCGGCCUCGUACAACGACAUCGGCGAGGAUGCGUCUCUGAGAGACCACGUCGGACUGGUGUGGUACGACAGACGUUUUCAUGUCCCUCCGUGGUGGUCUAAAAUGGAGCAGCGCGUUUGGCUCAGAUUUAGCAGCGUACAUUACGCCGCGCAAGUUUGGGUGAACGGUAUACCGGUGACGUACCAUGAAAUCGGUCACCUACCCUUCGAAGUUGAAGUUACUGAUAUCGUGAGUUACAACAGCAGCAACCUCCUCACUGUUGUCGUGGACAACACGUUACUCAGUGACACGGUGCCACAAGGAUCUAUACGAGACAUUAUUGUAGGAAACACGAAAAUUCGUCAAGAACAGUCAUAUACGUUUGACUUCUUCAACUAUGCGGGUAUACACCGUUCUGUGUUCCUUUACACCACGCCGCAGGCCUAUAUAGACGACGUCAUCGUCAAUACGGAUAUACAAGGAUUGACUGGUUUCGUAAUCUACAAUGUGACAUACAAAAACACGAUAUCCAAUACACAAUGUCUCAUACAAUUGUACGAUAAGAACGGCUCCCAAGUAGCCGGUGCUAAUGACUGCGCUGGUCUUCUGGAACUCGGAAACGCUAACUUUUGGUGGCCCUACCUCAUGCACCCAGAGCCUGGCUAUUUGUAUACUUUAAGGGCAUCUCUAUUAGGUCCUUUAGGAGAAUUAAUUGAUACAUAUAGUUUGAAAGUAGGUAUAAGGACUGUGACGUGGAGCAAUACAACGAUCUACCUCAACGAUAAACCGAUCUAUUUAAGAGGGUUCGGUAUGCACGAAGAUUCCGAUCUACGUGGGAAAGGCUGGGAUCCUGUGUUAUGGGUGAAGAACUUCAACCUAAUCAAAUGGGUCGGAGCGAACGUGUUCCGCACUUCUCACUACCCGUACGCGGAAGAAAUCUACCAGUUAGCUGACGAACAGGGCAUCAUGAUUAUUGACGAAUGUCCCGGCGUUGACACUGAUAUAUUCACGGACGCACUUCUGGAGAAGCACAAACAGUCUCUAACUGAACUCAUCCGACGAGACAAGAACCACCCUAGUGUCAUUAUGUGGUCCAUCUCCAACGAGCCCAGAUCUCAAAAUGUUAAGGCGAAUGCAUAUUUUGGUAAUGUCGUUAAACACGUGAAAUCCAUGGAUUUGUCAAGACCGGUUACGAUUGCAAUCGCACAAAGCUACCUCGUCGAUAAAUCGGGUCAACACUUAGACGUAAUUUGCUUCAACCGAUACAACGGCUGGUACGCGAACACGGGCUCGCUCUUGAACAUCGCGACCUACGUGGUGGACGAGGCCACCGCCUGGUUCAGGAAACACAACAAGCCCGUCAUCAUGACUGAGUACGGAGCUGACACGAUUGCCGGGUUGCAUAUGGUACCGGAAUACGUGUGGUCGGAAGAAUACCAAGUGGCUUUGAUGUCGGAACAUUUUAAAGCCUUCGAUCGACUUCGUAACGCUGGCUUUUUCGCGGGCGAGUUCAUCUGGAACUUCGCUGACUUUAAGACUGCACAGACGAUAACGCGAGUGGGAGGGAACAAGAAGGGCAUAUUCACGCGGUCGCGGCAGCCCAAGGCGGCGGCGCACCACCUGCGGGCGCGGUACCGCGCGCUGGCCGCGGCCGACGCCGGCGCCGCGCCCCCCGCGCCGCCGCUCUACGUCAGCGACCACGCGCCGUUCGCGCGCUCCGACCUGUAGCACGCCGGACCACGCCGGACCACGCCGGACCACGCCACACUACAAUUUUUCACUAGAUUGAUAUUUUUUUCCUGUUCCUGUUUAAUUUGUUGUUUAUGAAAUAAGAAACCAAUGCGCGGCUUGGACUCUAUAUUGUAUUAUUUGCGACUGUACUAAUUGGUUUUUGUGUUUCACUUAAUGUCAGCUCAAAGUAAAAAUCUUAAGCAACUGACGAUAUUUUGUAUUGCAAAUAAUACACUCGUAUUGUAACCAAGCUUAUUGUGUUUUCUCUUAUUUUAAAAUUCUUAAAUAUGUUUUCUACUUUUAUUUAAUUUUUUGAUUUAUCUAUUUAUAUCUAUUUCAUUUUGAAACUUUAAAUAAAAAUAUUUAAAAAAAAGUGACCUGGUUGCCGGGCCGACGCAAGGAGAGGAAGUAAAUAUAAACCCACCAACAAAAAACUUAACUAAGCACAUGUUUUACUUAUAUCUAUUCGUUUAUAUUCGUAUACACUUUGUAACUUUUGUACUGUUAUAAACUAUUAUAUUCCUAGAAAUAAUGUUACCUUAUAAUUUGACUUGUUGCAUUAUAAUCGGUUGAAAUGAAUAUGUUGUGUUUGUUAAUAUUUAUUGUGUGUAAUUAAAGUACAAACAUUAGUA